AUGGCGGAGGUCGCCGGCGACGAGACCCCACCGCUACCUUCGUCUUCCGGCGCCGGUGAAUCCUCUCUCCUCUCGUCCCCUACCUCGCCCACCGCCACCAACGGGGACAAGCCGCCGCCGCGCACGAGGAAGCCCGGCACGAAGCGCCUCGUUCUCACUGCCUCGGUCCUCCUCUCCUUCCUCGUCGGCCCUGGCUCCCCCGCCGCGUCCCUUGCCGAUCAGCUCGAGCUGGCAGUCUCGACCCAGCACCACCUCCUCCCCGCGUCUUCUACUGCCAGGAACAUCUCCGUGUCAGUCGCCGUCCAGUCGGACUCGGACGGUGGCUGCACCAGCAGCACGGCUGCCGCUUUGCCUUGGCGAUGCGGCUCCGUGACCGCAGCGGACUCGGUCGGCGGUGACGAGGCGUUCGAUGAAUUGCUGCACUCCGCAUUGGGUGGUGGUGGUGGGGAUGGGAUGAAGGUUUACACUAUUGUCAUUGCUGAGAAUGAUGAUGGGAAGGGAACAACGAGGGUUGUGAUCGGAAAGCACCGUCAUGCUUGGGUGGUUGGGAAGGUUGAUGAGGCUGAGACCGUGUCACUUAUUGGCAAGGUGUUCAUCAAGUAUUUCAUGAAUGACGGUAUUGAGGAGGGCGAGACAGGCAUUGGAAAAGGAGAGUUCUUGCCAGUUGAUUCAGAUGGGAAUGUUGUUCUUUCAUUCAGCCUGUUGAACGCUGAUCCAAUUGAUUGGGUCUAUGAUUGGGAGUUCAAAAAUAUUGGCGAGAGAAUCCUGACUCCUGUGGUUGAGGCCCUGCGACCAAUUGCCGAUAUCAAUAUAGAGAGUCAGGUUCUCUACCACACUCCGAAGUCGUCCUAUUCUUAUUCUGACAAUAAAUUGGGGGGCAAUGUCCUAAGUAUGGGAGACAUUCCUUUCUUUGUAAACUCAAACGAGUGGCACUUGGAUACAUCGAUUUCAGCUACAGGACGAUCAAAAGUUCUUCAGUUUGUGGUGUAUAUUCCAUCUGCAAGGGAAUGCCCUUUGUAUUUGCAGCUUCCAGAUGGGGAGCUUUCGAAAACUAAUGCAUUUAUUUCCCCAGACGAAAUAUGUUGAGGGUUGUGCAAAAAAGACAAAUCUCAUCUCAAGGCCAUGAAUUUGUCCUUUUUGUAAUUUGAAAUGAGGAUGAAACACAUGAUACUAUUCAUCCUCUCAGACCAUGAAUUUGUUUGUUUUGUACUCAUAUUUGAAGGUAUUUCAU